AUGGUAGCCCAUGUUAUGUGUUUAACCUCUACUGGAGGAAUUCCUUUAUUUUCUCGUCAAAAAGGAGAAGGAGAUACGAUGACAUUUUCAAAAAUAGCAUCUCUAUAUGGGAUACAUAUGUUUCUUAAAUCACAAAACAUUAAACUUUUAAAUACAAAUUUACCCGAUACUAUGAUAAUGUGGAAAGAGUUUGAGCAAAGUAUUACAUUAAUAGUUAUUGCAAGUGGAACUACUAAAUCUGUAUUGGAAAAAUUUCUUAAUGCUGUUUUCGGUGCAAUGAUUUUAUUUGUUGGUAUUGAAGAAUUAAAAAGUACAAAAAAUAUUGAAAAAUUAAAAAAAGAUAUCCGUUUAUGUAAUCCAAUUGUUGAUAGUUUAUUGGAAUGUCUUGAUGUUGGUGAUGGAAUUUGUUCAAAAACUGAUAUUAUCAAUAUGACAGAAUGUAUAAUGUGUCAAGAAAAUAAUUUAUUUCAGACAUGCUUAGAGGGUUAUAUGGAAUGUCUGGAUUCUAUAUAUGGAUGCAUUUUAAUACAUGGAUGUUUAGCAGUAGCUACAGAAGGGUGGUGGAAUUUAAAUCCUAUUGAAAGAAAAUUAUUAAUUACAAUUGUAAAUACAGAGGAUACUUAUACCACACGAGACAUUCCAGUAUUUUUACCUUAUAAAAGUCCAAAUGUAGCUUUUAGAUUAGUAUCCAUUACAUUAGUCAAUCAAGUUGAAGUAUUAGCCUUAUGUGGACCAAAUCCAGAUUUAUCAGAGAUUGAAAAACUUGCUGUACAAUGUUGGAAGAAUAGUAUUGAUGCUUUACGCAAUGCAGAACAAUGCUAUCCACGAAAUUUACCUUUAUCUAUAAAUUUAGAUACAGAAACGCUUGGAUUUCUUUUAACAAAUUAUAAAGCACAAAAAUUUAUUCUUGGUAAAAAUAUGCAAUAUGCAAAGAACAGAGUCAGUUCUCACAGAUUGGAUAUAUUAAGAACAUUUUAUCAUCAAGCUGUUGAAACUUAUAUAUUAUCUUCAGAAUCUGAAUAUAACUCAUCAAAUGAUAAUUGGAAAUUUGUGGGUGCAAAAGAAACUUAUUUAUGUUCAGAAUAUCAUAAGUGCUAUGCAGUUAAAGAUGGUGAUCAUAUACUUUGUAUUUUAUGUACCUCUACAGUUCCUACUCAUACAGUAAGAAUGAUUUGUCAAAAAAUGUUAAAAGCAUUACUUAUUGAUAAACAAGGAUGUUGGUAAAAA